GUAUUACAUCCAAGGGUGAGUCACCUUUCAUCUUUUGCAACGUGGUGAGGGUUCGUACGCUGAUGGGAAGAAAGCGCGCAGGCGUGCCGUACGAGGAUCAUCACAUCUUUCUCGCACCAGAGACGGCAGUCAGGAGCAGACAUCGUACCGAAAAUUUCGACGCUUACUACCGCUCCCCCGAUGCGAACAUCGCGCGCGCCAGGACCUUUGCGCCGUGGUUCAGAGAUGUUAGCGUCACCGACGAGAGUAUCGGCAAGGGUAGCUCACCUCCUCAUCCUACGCGACCAUCGACUCGCUUGUACGAGGACCUGACCAACACUCCAGCAAGCGGUAGGAUGCUUCCCGCUUCGCAUGACGCUCAAGCCGCGAUACCCUCUGCAGAGACCCGUGAGAUCAAUGUGAGCGCAAGGCCAUUAUCGGAGAAAGAUUACAUCGACGUCAUUGGCGCCAGCGUCAAGCACUAUGCGCAGAAAUACCAUCCACAGACGACAAAGGUGACGGUGAGUGGCGGCAUCGAGUGUCUGCGGCGUGUCGCGGGGAGCCCUGAUUUUCGGCUUUCGGACUUCGCGGCGGCCGGCGCACAGAUUGUAAAGGGGCUCAACUCUCGACCUGAUGAGCCGGUGCCGCACUUUGAAGCUGUGUUGUACAAGGAAGCUGGAGGCAAGAAGCACAAGACCUACACGAAGAUUGCAGGCGGUGGGUUUUCGAGCACGGGCAUCGCGUACAAGGGACACAAGAUCUAUCAAAAGCCGGGCACGAGGUUCCUGAGGAAUUGGAGGAUCAUCGAUCCGACGGAUCCCGGACCCAAAGCGCACGUGCAUGCCAGUCGGACCGACUUGGACCGCAUGUAUCCUGACAAAGGAAUGACCAUGCGCGACGCUGGCCAGCACUUUAGAGCAAAGCCGAUCGGGGACGUCAAGCCGCCGCAGGGCAACAAUCUGAACGGACCGCGCGUCCAGAUUUCGUGGGAUCCCAAUCAACGCGCCAAGCACGACAAGACUCGGACCAGGCUAGAAGUGGCUGCUGCGCACGUGGCUGAGGAUGAGGCUCCGGCACACCGUAUCACCAGCAUGGCUCGUCCCAUCGCAUCUCCCCGAUUCUAUCUGAGCGAGACAGGCGUGCCGGAGCGGCAUCAUAGUGCAACCAAGCGACCUAGACGCCAAACAAGGAGGAUUCGCAUCGAGCCUGCGCGCGUACUUGGCGCGCAAGGAGCAGAUGGGGAGCAUGCGAUAACGACGCCUUCUGGGGGCGCUGGUGAAUCUAGCGGUUCUGGGGUGACGCGAGCGGAGCAGACGGGAGACGCACCUUCCGCAGCAUCCUCCGCAACGCGAGUUCUGCAAAGUCCAGCAGGAGCAGCAAGCGCAGCGCCAGAUCAGACGCACCACCAUACCGGUGCGGCGCACACCUCGCGCUGGUAUGCAGUGAGCUUCUCCGGCUCCGGGGGAGACGCCGUGGCGUCCAACAGUCCGCCCACUGUCGACUCGGCUGCUCACGCAGCCGCCGCCUCUCCAGAUACGGCCCAGACGGAGGGAGAGCAGGCGCACGCACUGCACACUCCAGGAGGGCAUGCUCGCGAGCACAGCAACACGAACGACCAGCGCCCUCACUCUGCGUCGCCGGGUGGAGAAGGGCAAGCUGCUGCAACAGUAGCGCAAUCAGAGUUGGAGCAGCAGGAUUGGCUGCAUCGGUACGCUCCCUCGCCUCCUCUCUCCCAUCCGCAUUCCGAUGCACUCACCCGCGCAGAGCGGCAUCAUUCGAGCGACUUUUGGCAUCAUUCGCCAGAAUGGGCUUGGCGCGUGUUGCCAGCAGCAGCAGCAGCAGGAGCAGAGCUUGAGCCUGCACAGGUUCACGAUCAUCUUGCCGCGCAGGAGCAGCAACAUGCUAUAGAUGUGCACGAUGAGCAUGAUUGGAUCCAGCACCUGCUGCGUACGCCCCCGAGAAUCCACUUGCCCUGAGGCGGCGUUCCAUCGAAGUCGAGCGUAUGGGGGGCGAAAUGUAUGCAUU